CAAUGGCCGUCUUCGGCAACGAGCUUUACGAGGAGCCUGGAUUUUAAGCAUUCUAGACAAAACGUGAUGGUUUUAAAAGCACACUGGGCGUUUAUUGUUCUUGUUAUUACGUUAGGUCUGUGUUUUGGAGAUGAUGAUGAUGAAAUGGAGGAGUUCUUGAAGCGGGAGUAUUCGCUUUCCAAGCCUUACCAAGGUGUGGGAUCUUUAGGCUCCUCCCACUGGGAGCUAAUGGGGGAUGCCAUGGUAACGACAGAACAGGUGCGGCUCACGGCGGACAUGCAGAGUCGACAGGGGGCAGUAUGGAGCAGGAUUCCAUGCCAUUUGAAGGACUGGGAGAUGCAGGUGCAUUUUAAGAUUCAUGGUCAAGGAAAGAAGAACCUGAAUGGGGACGGCCUGGCUAUUUGGUACACCAAAGAGCGCAUGCAGAAAGGUCCUGUAUUUGGAAAUAUGGACAACUUCACCGGGUUGGGUGUGUUUGUGGACACGUAUCCCAACGAGGAGAAACAAAUAGAGGCGCAGAAGAAGAGGUAUACAUCUCGCACACAGAGGAUCUUCCCCUUUGUGCUGGCCAUGGUGGGGAACGGCAGCAUCAGCUACGACCAUGAGCGGGAUGGUCGGCCCACAGAGUUGGGUGGCUGCAACGCCAUGGUGCGCAACCUCAAACACGACACAUUCCUCUUCAUCAGAUACCUCCGCCGCAGGCUGACGGUGAUGAUUGAUAUUGAUGGACAGCACGAGUGGAGGGACUGCCUGGAUUUACCCGGGGUGUGGCUGCCACUAGGCUACUACUUUGGAGCUUCGGCCCUCACUGGAGACCUGUCAGAUAAUCAUGAUAUUAUUUCCCUGAAACUUUACCAACUGACGGUGUUACGGGGUCAAAAAGAAGAGGAGGAUGAGGAAGAGGAAAUAACUAUACCCAGUGUGGAUAACAUUGAGCUUCUCAGAGGAGGGGGUGAUGAGGAAGGAAUGAGCGGAAUUGCAUUAUUCUUCACCGUGCUGUUCUCCAUGCUGGGCUGCUUUUUCCUCAUCAUCAUCGGGUUGUUGGCCUACAACCACUGGAGUGAGAGCCGACGCAAGCGUUUCUACUGAC